AGCAGUUGGUAUAAUACCCAUGGAGGGCAAAACGAAAUUGGUUCGAUCAAUGACUGCAUGCGGGAAGUGGGUAACUACGUUAAGGCGUUGCGGAAGAAAAUAUUUGAUUAACAAAACAGAAGAAACCGCUGCGGAAAUAUGGAGAUAGUCAAAGUGCGUUGCCUUCACCAUCCCCUGAAAGCCAUAGGAAGGCCGUUUUCAUACCUGCAAGUUUCUUAAACAGUGAGGUACCGAAGAAUGAAAGCUAUUGCAACUUCAAUUACAAGUUUCCGGACGUUUGGAACAUGACAGAAUUGUUUCUCGAAGCAACACCACAGCUAGGAAACAAUGGACCUUACCGAGUAGUGUACAAUCUCAUAGAAGGCCGAUUUGAAGACAACACUGUAGGUGUGACAUAUUGUACACAUGCAACACCAGAAUUUCUUUACCACAUUGCUGAAAUAGUGAAUCGGUGGGACGGCCCAGUGAGUGUAGCGGUGUUCGCACCAGGCACAGAUUUGUUCGUAAGUUUGAGUGUUCUGUAUCACAUGUGCAGAUGCCUCCCCGAAAUGUCACGCGUGACAAUACAUUUGAUUGUACAUUACAAAUAUUUUCCCAUGGAAUCCCGUUAUUCAGUAGUUGGCAGUAAACUGCUCGAAGACCUAGAUUUUUCAAACUGUUCCGCCCCACUAAACUUACUGAAUGGAAGAUUUGAGACCUUUCGACAUCAGCAAAAGUUAACAUAUCCUGUAAAUACGGCCCGUAAUGUAGCGCGAAUUGCAGCAAAAACGACUCACGUAUUGGUGUCAGAUGUAGAACUCUUACCAAGUUCAAACUUGGUACCAGCUUUCUUGUCUAUGUUCAAGAAAUUUAAGCAGCAUUUCGAUAAUGUUAGCCCACAUGCAACAAAACCUGAACUUCAGUUGAAAAGGUAUGUGUUUGUGUUACCUGUAUUUGAAGUUGAAGCAACUGUGCUGAAAGUUCCUAGCACCAAGAAAGAACUUCUACAACUGUAUUCUGAGAACCGGGCUGUGUAUUUUCAUCGCUGGGUAUGCUUACACUGCCAGAGGUUCCCAGGCCUUCAGAAAUGGCUCCAGAAGAAAAGUGACAAUGAAGACACACCACUGAUACAGCCAUUCCUCAUCGUGCAUCGUGAAUAUCCAUAUCAUCGAUGGGAACCCAUCUACAUUGGAACCAACAGUGAACCACUUUAUAGUGAGAUACUGACAUGGGAAGGUCAGCAAGACAAAAUGACUCAGAUGGCUGAAAUGUGCCUGAUGCAGUAUAACUUCGUAAUACUUGACGGUGCAUUCCUCGUACACACUCCAGGUGUGAAACAUCGUAAAGAUAUCAGUCCAAAUCAGACUUUAUGGAGAAGGCCAUAUGAGUGGGAAAAUAUGAAGCGCUACAGGAACAUUGCACAGACAUUGCUGCAAAAAUAUACAUCAAGGAGAAGCUGCAAAAUCUGAACUGUUCACUUACUGAUUUUUCUGAAUGUAUCCAAAAUUUACACAGAAAUGUGAGUAGGAAGCUAUUGUCAAAAGCUGGAUAUGACAUGUGGUAUUAUUUUUCAUUCUUGAAAACACUAGUAUAUUUUUAUAAUCAAUAUUCUUCCACAAUAUUUGAAAAUUCUGAAAACUUUCAGUGUUGGCUGUGAAACUUCAGUAAUUAUAUUCAUUUGUGUGGGUGUAAAUGGACUAUAGUUGUGUUUCAGUCAUUUCAAAUCUUCCACAAUGUGUGAAGACAUUAAACAUCUCCAUACUAUAAACAGAUUUCACUGAUUAGAGAAAACUGUAGCAUUGGUGUGUCUAUUUAUUGUAAUUUAUUAACCACUUUCUAUUGUGAAAUUAAAAAUAAAUACUGAAUAAAAAACUGAGCAAAAAAGUUCUAAUUCUCAUCUACUCCUUGUCAAAUAUGAAGAGAACAUUCUGGAAAGACCCACAGUGUUGUAUAUUAUUAAUUGUACACUGUUGCAUCAAACUCUCUAUAUGAGAGCGAUGUAAGAGAGUCCUGGCAGCACUGGUAUCUGUUCGAGAAGAUGCUUUUUGACCUCACAUCCUGGACACUAGACACUGUGCCUGGAUUCAUAUUUUAGGAUUAUCUAUGCUGGAGUUCAUAAAUGUUUCUGCUGACUCUCUGCUUGUUUGUUCAAGGAACGCAAAUAAAGAGUUUCAUAUAUUAUA